AUGCAUGCACUACCACGCUGGGCCCACGCUUCGCAGAACCCCGAGGCAGCUGUAGCGUCACGUCUCAUGGUCUCCAGAGAGAAUGUGGAGCAAAUUUGGUCGGUUGCGAAUGCAACCAAGAACACGCUUAUGAUUGACAUUUGCGUGCCAGUUAUCGCUGCCCACUUUGACAGCAUCACCGCAGACGCCACGUUUCAUUCUACCACAGAACUAGACAAUCUGUUGUCUUUGUUGAGCGAUGAUCGACUAGUUGGUGUGGCGGAGGCCGCAAAGUUGCGAACUGUUGCAAUGUGGUUCGAAGCUAACAACACUGCGACCAAGGAGGAUGUGACGGCGUUCGUGGACGAAGACGAUGAUACUCGUGUUUCCACCUUCAAGGACCUCGUUGGUGCCAUCAAUCUUAGCCAGAUCACCUCGGACGAGUUCAUUGAGUUCUGCAUGUCAGACUGCUGGAUAAACCUCCAGAGGGAAUUCAGGUUUGGUUUUGCUGUAGACGUUCAAGCACUUGUCAUCUGCGCUUGGCUGCAUUGCAGUGUUUUUUCUUUCACCCCUACAGGGACCUAA